AUGCUCCCGGGGCAGCGCGUAGCCCUCUCGUCGGUUAGGAUCCGCACCCAGCCGACUCCAGACGGGGCCCCACCCACUGCGGGCCCGCCCACCGACCCUACCGACCCCACCCACUGGGCUCGGGCCACGCCCCCCAGCCCCCUUGAGGGGGCCCCGCCCCUGGCUUUGCCCCGCCGCGGAGGGUCCCGCGGUCUCUGGCCCCGCCUCUCCGCCCCGCCGCGCCCCUCCGGCUCCGCUUCUAAGUUGGGGCCCGCCCCCGGCUCAGGCUCCGCCUCCCCUGGUCCCGCCCAGUGCUCGGCCCUCGGUGCCCCGCGCCUGGAGCAACCUCAGCGCCUGCCGGCGGGGAGGAGAGCGGCUCGGGGGCCUCCAGACACAAAGAGCGACGGCGAGACGCGGGUAGGAGCGGAGCGCACGCCCGCGCCCUUGGCCUGUCCCCGCGCGGGCGGGACCCGAGACGCCACAGACCAGGUUUCUGACAGUGGUAGAGAAGCAAACAAUCAGCUGCGCAAAAACCACAUGCAGGAUGCAAUUGCCAGCCUAAGACUGGAAAUAGACACAGUGAAAAAUCAGAACCAGGAACAAGAAAAGAAAUGUUUUGACGAUAUUGAAAUUGCAAAAGGAGAGAAUGAGUAUCCUCAAAAGGCAAACAAAUUGAACAAGGAAACGUUGACAAAGGCCAUAUUCCAGCAUACUGGUCAGCUUAACGUUCCGAUAGCUGAAAAUACAAUGCUAAACCCUGAGCUGGAAAAUGCCAAACAAAGCAAACAACGACUGGAAACAGAAGUGGAAUCCUACUGUUCUAGACUGGCUGCUGCCGCACACGAUCAUGAUCAAGGUCAGACAUCACAAAGAGACCUGGAACUUGCCUCCCAGAAAGCAGAAGAGAAGAGGUUACGCUUGCAGGACCAAAUGAAGUUCGAUAUGGCUAAGCUGAAAAGUAACAAUGAGAUGCUUUCCCAGCAACUUUCUAAAGAGAAAAAUAAAGUCAGUCAGCUAAACAUCAAGCUGCAUCAGACGAGAGAUGAUCUCGGAGAAAAGACUUUGAUGUUAGAACGUGUCCAGAGAGACUUCCGCCAAGCAGAGUGUCAAAGGCAAGAAAUUGAGCGCAUGUAUCAGAACGAACAAGGCAAAGUGAAUGAAUACCUUGGAAAGCAGGAAUCCUUAGAGGAGAGAUUAUCUCAACUCCAGAGUGAAAACAUGUUGCUCCAACAGCAACUGGACCCUGCGCAAAACAGAGCCGGCAGUCAAGAGAAGAUGGUCAUUAGCAUCCAAGACCAGUGUCAGCAGACCACGAGAAACCUUCAUUCUGAAUGUGAGAAACUAAGUCUGAUGCUGGAGGAAAGAAACAAGGAGUUGGUCAACAGAUGGAAUCAUGUUGAGAGAAUGCUUCAGUAUGAAAAUGAGAAAGCAGAAAGAGAAGCAGUUGUGAAACACCGUCAACAAGAACUGUCUGACACCUUCAAAAAGCAGUUUGCAUUGGAGGCAUCCCUGGACGUCGUGUCGUCACUGUGCCAAGUUAGAAGUUGAGACACGGGAUUUAAAGAGCAAUUUACAUCAACUCAGAAGUCAGGCUUGAAAUUGAAAAUGCCGAGUUACAAACUACAGUCAAAAAGCAAACGGGCAAAAUCGAACAGCUUCAGAAAAACCUGUUAAGUAUAAGAUCGCAAAGACCCAAGUUGGAGUGUCCUUGGAAAUCCAGCCACUCAACAGCCAGGAGGGGAUCGAAAUCCAGCCACUCGACAGCCAGGAGGGGAUCGACAGUGAGGAAAAGGAGAAGAAGGCCGCCAAGCUGCCCAAAAAGGAGAAGUCCAUGCUGCAGGGCAAGCUGACCCGCCUGACCGUCCAGACUGGGAAAGCUGGUGAGUAGGUGGGGCCUUCUCAGUGUGUCCGUCAGUCUUCCUCUGGGUCCUCGCCCCUUUGAUUACCUCCUGUCUAUACCAACCAGGUCUGGCAGGAAGGAGCCGAAAAUUCCAAGUGGCUGGUGCAGUUCAAGAAUCUGUGUCCUUCCCUGUGACUGUUGGACCCUUGGCUUUAGCAGAGAGACAUGUCUUUCUAUUUAGAGUUAAAGGCCCAAAACAAAUGGGAGAUUAACAUUAGCAAGAAG